GUCACGCAAUGUGUUUUCUUAUCCUUCUUAAUAUCUUAUCGCAGUGAAUUUUUGUGUUUUAUAUAAGUUGCUAAUAACAUUUUUUUUAUUGUUUCAAGGUUCGACUUGUCCAGGGCUAAGUUUCUGACUAAAGAGUCGACGAUUAGACAGUGUAACUAUUUUAUAAAUCGAAUCGAUAAAGGUUAUGUUCUUCCGAAAGUCCAUUACUAGGCUGAUGUCUGUAGUCAAGAACAGCCGGCGGUUCGUUUCUGUCGAGAGUGAGAAACAUUCCGAUCUAAAAGUGGAACUCUUGUCCGGCUCAGAUAGGGGGAUCAUGGUCCUAGGAUUGGACAGGCUAAAAGGGAAGAAUUCAUUCAGCAAGAGUUUUGUCCAGAGCUUGGAGGAUAUUCUCGAAGCGGUCAGGUACGAUAAGGAUGUUAGAGCAUUAGUUUUACGCAGCCAUGUACCUGGUGUAUUCUGCGCAGGAGCCGAUCUAAAAGAGCGGCUUCAGAUGACGCAAACCGAGGUGCAGAUGUUCGUCUUCAGGCUGCGGAAGCUUAUGGUGACGCUAGAAAACACACCUGUUCCUGUUAUUGCAGCGAUAAAUGGUGCCGCUCUCGGUGGAGGAUUGGAAAUGGCUUUGGCGUGCGAUAUAAGGGUUGCAACAGACAAGGCAAAAAUCGGACUCGUUGAGACAAAACUAGCCAUCAUCCCAGGUGCAGGAGGUACACAAAGGUUAACCCGAAUCAUCGGCCCUUCAAGAGCAAAGGAACUCAUAUUCACCGCACGAGUUCUUUCAGGUUCUCAAGCACAAGAAUACGGGAUCGUCAACCACUGUGUCGAAUCAAAAGACGGUGAAGAUGCUGCUUUUGAAAAAGCAUUGAGUAUCGCCAGGGAGAUAAUACCAAAUGGACCCAUAGGCGUGAAAAUGGCUAAACAGGCCAUAAGCAAAGGCAUCGAGGUAGACUUGGCCUCUGGCUUCGCAAUCGAAGAGCUUUGUUAUGCACAAGUCAUCCCGACGAAAGAUAGGUUGGAAGGAUUGAAAGCAUUCCAGGAAAAAAGGACUCCCGUAUACACUGGGAGCUGAUUGCAUUGUUUUUUUCUUAAAAUGCAAACAUCAUUCCAAACGCCGGUAUCAGAGGGGGAAAUGAAUCUAAUUUUGUAACAUUUACAUUCAAACACUUGUUAGACAUACACAUUGUUAAAAAUAUAUUUUAUUUUUAAUAUAUA